UAAAUGCUUUAUUUGUAAGAGAUAAUUAAUAAUCUAGAACAAUUGACCUUCAAGAACUGUGUUGACCACAAUCAACAUGUCGGAUCUCUGUUUAGGGGUUUGUGCUCUAAAAUGAGUCUCUCUGGGGAGAAAGAGGAGGACGGCCCUGCCUCUAAAAGGAUUGUCUUUGGGGAACAUGGCACCAAAUCUAAGAGGGGUUUGUGCUCUAAAAUGAGUCUCUCUGGGGAGAAAGAGGAGGACGGCCCUGCCUCUAAAAGGAUUGUCUUUGGGGAACAUGGCACCAAAUCUAAGAGCCCAAUCAAGCAGGAGAGACCAGCCUCCCCUGUACCCAGCUGUGUGUCCAUGAAGAGUGACUGGUCUAUGGAGCAUCCUAUACACUUUAGAGAGGGAGACGUUUCUACUGAGCAAAGAAACCAACAGGAGAGAUCAGAGUCUCAAACAGACCUGGACUCCAUAUUCAGUGUAUGUGGUCCUGUUAUGUACAUUUAUUUUUGUUUACCUCAAGUAAAGAUGAUCUGUCAAUCAUUCAUUAAUGUGUUAAUGAGAAAGCAUUUCUUCCCUUGCUUAACUUAUUUACUUGAUUUAUUCAAGAUGCUUGAAGAGAAAAUGAUGACAUUUGUGAAGAACGAGCUGAAGAUGUUCAAGAGGAUUCUUAGUCCAGAACUCCCAGAAGGCUUUGAGAGUCAGAAGCAGGAAAGGGAAGUGGUGGAUGCUGAAGAUGAGAAGCAGGAGAGCAGUGCCAGAGAGGGGGCUCUGAAGAUCACACUGCACGUCCUGAGGAAAAUGAACCAGAAAGAGCUUGCUGAAACACUGGAGAAAUAUUCAGAAGAGCUCGCUGGGAUUUGCCAACGUGAACUUAAAUCUAGUCUAAAGAAGAAAUUUCAAUGUGUAUUUGAGGGGAUCGCUAAACAAGGAAACCCAACACUUCUCAAUAAGAUCUACACAGAGCUCUACAUCACAGAGGGUGGAACAGGAGAGGUCAAUAAUGAACAUGAGCUGAGACAGAUUGAGACAACAACCAGGAAACAAGCAAGACCAGAGACUGCAAUCAAAUAUAGCGACAUCUUCAAACCCUUAACUGGACAAGACAAACAUAUCAGAAUUGUGCUGACAAAGGGAGUUGCUGGCAUUGGAAAAACAGUCUCUGUGCAGAAGUUCAUUCUGGACUGGGCUGAAGGAAAAGCAAAUCAGGAUGUCAAAUUUGUAUUUUCAUUCCCUUUUCGGGAGCUGAAUUUGAUGAAAGGCGAAAACACUUUGAUUGAACUUCUUAAUCACUUCUCAAUGGACACCAAAAAAUCAAGAAUCUCUAACUACGACAAAUACAAAGUUCUGUUCAUUUUUGAUGGUCUGGAUGAGUGCCGACUGCCCCUAGACUUCCAGAAGAACAAGUUCUGUUGUGACGUCACAGAGUCAACCUCAGUUGAUGUUCUGCUGACAAAUCUCAUCAAGGGAAAUCUGCUUCCCUCUGCUCUCCUCUGGAUAACUACCCGACCUGCAGCAGCCAAUAAGAUCCCUUCAGUGUGUGUUGACCAGGUGACAGAGGUACGAGGGUUCAAUGACCCACAAAAGGAGGAGUACUUCAGGAAGAGAUUCAGUGAUGAGGACCUGGCCAGCAGAAUCAUCUCACACAUAAAGACAUCAAGGAGCCUCCACAUCAUGUGCCACAUUCCAGUCUUCUGUUGGAUUUCUGCAACAGUCCUUGAACUCAUGCUAAAACAUAAGAGAGAAGAGAUGCCCAAGACUCUGACUGAGAUGUACACACACCUUGUGGUGUUUCAUACCAAACAGAAGAAUGAAAAGUAUCUUGGGAAAGAAGAAACAGGUUCACACUGGAAUAAAGAGAGCAUUCUGUCACUGGGAAAACUGGCUUUUCAACAGCUUAUGAAUGGCAAUCUGAUUUUCUAUGAAGAAGACCUGAAAGAGGCUGGCAUUGAUGUCAAUGAAGCCUCAGUGUACUCAGGAUUGUGCACACAGAUCUUUAAAGAGGAAUGUGGGCUGUACCAGGACAAGGUGUACUGCUUCGUGCAUCUGAGCAUUCAGGAGUUUCUGGCUGCUUUAUAUGUGUUCCUCUCAUUCAUCAACAACAAUGAGAAUCUAAUGGAGAAACUGCAAAUAAAAGACAAGCCUGAAGUUACUUUCUACAAGAGUGCUGUGGAUAAAGCCUUACAAAGUGAGACAGGAAACUUGGACCUUUUCCUCCGCUUCCUUCUGGGCCUCUCACUGGAGUCCAAUCAGAAGUACUUACAAGGUCUACUGCCAAAGACAAGAAGCAGCUCACAGAGCCAUGAAGAAACACUCAAGUACAUCAAGGAGAAGAUCAGGGAGAAUCCCUCUCCAGAGAGGUGCAUCAAUCUGUUCCACUGUCUGAAUGAACUGAAUGACCAUUCUCUAGUGGAGGAGAUCCAAAGCUACCUGAGAUCAGGAAGUCUCCCAGAAGCCAAACUGUCACCUGCACAGUGGUCAGCUCUGGUCUUUGUGUUGCUGACUUCAGAAAAGGAGCUGGAUGUGUUUGACCUGAAGAAAUACUCCAGAUCAGAGGAAGGUCUUCUGAGGCUGCUGCCAGUGGUCAAAGCCUCCAGAGCUGUUCUGCUGUCAGGCUGUGGAGUCACAGAGGAAGGCUGUGCUUCUCUGGUCUCAGCUCUGAGGUCAAACCCCUCACACCUGAGAGAGCUGGAUCUGAGUAACAAUGACCUGAAGGAUUCAGGAGUGAAGCUGCUCUCUGCUGGACUGGGGAAUCCCCACUGUAAACUGGAGACUCUGAGGCUGUCACACUGUUUAGUCACAGAUGAAGGAUGUGCUUCUCUGGCCUCAGCUCUGGAGUCAAACCCCUCACAUCUGAGAGAGCUGGACCUGAGCUACAAUCACCCAGGAGACUCGGGAGUCAGACUGCUCUCUGCUGGACUGGAGGAUCCACAAUGCAGGCUGGAGAAACUCAACGUGGAACAUGGAGGAGAGUACACAAUGAAACCUGGGCUCAGAAAAUAUGUCUGUGAUCUCACACUCGACCCAAACACAGUAAACAGACUCCUCUCUCUGUCUGAGGAGAACAGAAAGGUGACAUGUAGUAGAGAGGAGCAGCCGUAUCCUGAUCACCCAGAGAGAUUUGAGAAUUGGAGACAGGUGCUGUGUAGAGAGGGUCUGACUGGGCGCUGUUACUGGGAGGUAGAGUGGAAUGGGAGUGGGGCUGGAUUCGGAGUGACAUAUAAAGGAAUCAGCAGGAAAGGAGAGGGUAAUGACCGGGGGCUUGGAUACAAUGUCAAGUCCUGGAGUCUGGUCUGCUAUGACAACAGUUACAUGGCCAGGCACAAUGAUAAACCCACUACCAUAGACGUCCCCUCCUCCGGCUCCCACAGAGUAGGAGUGUAUCUGGACUGGCCAGCCGGCACUCUGUCCUUCUAUAGAGCCUCCUCUGACACACUGACCCACCUGUACACUUUCACCUCCACAUUCACUGAGCCCCUCUAUCCAGGGUUUAAUGUUUCGUAUGACUCCUCAGUGUCUCUGUGUCAGGUGGUCACAACAUGACGUUUCGCUCUUAUCAUGUGUUUUAUGUUUAUCAGACAUUUAAAUUCAUGGUGUAACACACACACACCAGUUUGAGACAAUUUAUUCCUGUUAAUAAUAACCACUCUGUGUAGGUAUCUUUGUGAUCCGCGUCUUGUGAGAAUGGUUCAGACCGUUCUUACUCACACUGGACACACACACACACACACACACACACACACUGGACACACACUCACACUGGACACACACACACACACACACUGGACACAACCCUGACGUCCUCACACCGUCUCACUGUCCAUGUCUGCUUUUAGCUCCCACUUUUAAUUCACUGUGUUAUAAUGGACCUUGUGCUUGUUAUGUCACCUCUGUAACCAGCUAUCAAACAUACUGACCUUUCAGUCCUCUGAGUUUUGUUUAGUGUCCACUGACUUAUUGAUUGAUGUAUUUGUUGUAUAUUGGGGUUGUGCCCCAGAGCACACAUUUGUAUGUGUUGAGAUGAUCACUUUCCAGAUAAAUGGUUGAACUGA